AAAUUGCUUGAUAUUGCAGUCAAUUAAUAUAUAUGGUAGGAAUGAUUUGACUGUAUUGGUUUUAAAUGAUGUUCGUACUCUUGUUUUGUAACUCUUUAUUUUGAAAAGCUAUCUGCUACGAUGUCUCCUCAUGGGUAAUCUCGCGAGAUUUCAGACCAAACAAAUCGGGCUCUUUUGACUAAAAUGUUUAGCCAUACACGUCAACACACAGAGCUACACAAAACUAUUUUGCGAGGAGAGGAGCAGCCAACUCUCCAGAAAUGUGAGGACUGUUGUUCCUUGUACCACUGUCCUUUCUGUGGGCCUGAGAUGUUCAAACCCACCAUCAAAAGCAAAUGUUUGAAACAUUUACAGGGUCACAGAAAAAGAGCAAUUCGACACAAAGAAUUCUUCAUUUUCAAAUGUCAUUUAAAGUGCCGAACUGCUCCACACUUUCACUGCAUCAGCUGCACAUCCACUUUUAUGAGGAAAGAUGGUUUUCUAAAACACCUGGCAAUGUGUGAGAACAAAAAACCCAAGAUAACAGUUGUGGAGUUGAAAUCACAGGAGAAUUCACCUGCACCAGAUCUUCAUCUGACUGCCUCUGAGGCUGGCAGCACUAAGGAAAUGCCUGUCAGUGAAGGACACAAGAGCCUGAUCUCUGAUGAUCCUCAGAAAAUCAAACCAAGAAAAGCAAACUUCGAGCAACGCUUGUGCCCUAAAACAGCUGUAAGUGAGGAGACAUUGAGCCCGGGGCCCACUGAUUCAGAGAUGGCAGACCAACGGUCCACAGGUGAAGGAAGGAUUAUGGAGGAGCAGGUGAGAACAGAUGAGCCAUCUAAAUCCCCAGUGGAUGAAGGAGGUCCUUCAGUUGUAAAUCUCUCAGUAGUGGAUCACAAUGUCACAGAAACCACCGUCUCAAAUUCUGCUGCCAAUCCUCAUCCUAUAGAAGCUGAUGUCGCCAUACAGACUUUGGUAAAUGAGAUGUUCACUGGACACACACCUGUUGAAAGCACCAUCCCACAAAGGUCCAGAUCCGACGCACAAGAUCUGUGUCCUUUCUGUGGUUUAAUGCUGCACAGGAAGAAUCUGCAGGUGCAUUUAAGAAGGAAGCACCCAGAUCAAGUUUCAAACCAGGAGAAACCUGCCCCUACUCAGGUGAAAACCCCAAAACAACAGAGACUCCCUUUGCGACAACAACAGAAGGUUUUCAUUUGUGGGUGAACUAUCCUACGGUGGCCCAGUAGUGCACAACGAACUGCAAAAAAAAGUUAACAAAACGAAUAGCCACAACACAACUGAAAUGCUCCCACGUACGUGCGUACAAAACUUGUGCAUUCAGCUCAUUUCAUGGUGCCGUUUCUAUAGACUCAGGGGGUGCGUUAAAGCUAACAUUCAGGCUUUAUACUAGUGGCAAUGGACUAACGAAACACAACUUUUGAACAGUUUUUACUGUACCAAAAUAUUUUUUAUGAACCUUUGAAUUUCCCAAAUGGGCCAAUACAUAGGAGGGUCUGUCUGCGUCCUUCAAGGCUACAAACCAUGCCUAUUAAAGGUACCUACUAUCACCCAUGUAAGUUAUGCAGUAGGUUGUGGUAAUACUGCCAAGGAGUGAGCUGCCAUUAAACAAGAAGACGACGAAGAAGAAAUGCCUACUAGCAACAACAUUCCCACGCCCACUCCAAGAUAAACGCGCAAAUUUGAUGUUGUCAAGAUGGUUCAAUAUCGAGAUGAGAAAGUAAGUUAUUGAAAUAAAUAUUAGCUUUUGUCUUUGUUGUUGUUCAUACAAUAAUAUGGCAUGAGAAAUUUUAGUUUAACUAAUGGGACGUGGCAUCAUGUAGCUUAAUUCUUAAAGUUAUCUGGUUGUGUUUUCCCUCUUGUUCUGUGUCUUCUAUUUCCAUCAGAAUUGGGCUUGUGUAAGAAAUAAAGUUCUUAUAAGGUGUGUGGUUUGUAUAGCGUGAGGUUUUAGUUUAAAUGAACAAGAAUAAAUUAAAUAGUUAAAAUAUAUAGUCUAAAAUAUAUAAAAUAUAUAGUCUGAACUGCCGCAUAAAUAGGUUGGGAAUACUGUUUUAAAUUUCAACUAUGUCCCCCGCUCAAUUUAAGUGUGUUUGAAAUAUUACACAUUUGAAGUCAAUCGACCUUUUGACCACAUCAUUUACUGUCUUUAGUUUCCUCCUUUUUGCAUCCAGAGUCAUACGUGUCUUAAUACCUUUGUUCUUUUGUAUUGAAACCUUCACAUUUUAUAAAUUAAAUGUUUAUCUUUUUGGUUGUGACAGUUAUAAGUGAUGUGGACUUUUAAAGAGUUCAAUAACUAUUUAAUUUAUUUCUAGUUUCAUGUUACCAUUUUGAAUAAGGGAAGUUCUCCUGGACCUGUUUUGCUUGCUGAAAAUGAGUACAAAUGCCUGUUUUGUAAAAAGACUGGAGAGUAUCCUGCUCUGGUGGCACAUGUACAGACCCAUGAGAGGUCUGUUGUCAAGCAUGAAGGGUAUAAAAUGUAUAAAUGCCACCUGGGAUGUAUAGAAAGCGGACAGUAUCACUGCUUCUGCUGCCGUCAUAUUAUAAUUCGAAAAAACGUAUUUAUUAAUCAUGUGCAGAAAUGUGCAUCAGCCAAAGUCCAAAUUACAUCUACAGAACCUUCCAGAGUAGAAACCUUUCCUUUAAAACCAGCUAACUUUCCAUCGUCCCACAGUAUCUCAACAGUAUCUGCC